CAACAUUUCUUCCGCAGCCUCGUCCGCUGUUGAAACAAGCCGUGCCGCCGCAAAACAUUGUUGCACCUAGUCCCUGCGACAGCCUCUAUCAUCUCAUCUCCUGGCCCAGCCUGUAUCCUCAUCCAAGCCCCCAAGGGCGAUCUCGCCCUCUGCUAUUAUAUUCCUCCCCUCUCACCAUCCAUACUCUUCAGUCCUUUCACGAUGCGGACCGUUGACAUGCCCUCUUCCGGCGCCGUCCUGGCCUUGCUCCUCGCCCUCGCCCCCUCCACUUCAGCAUUCUACUUCCCUGGUGUCGCGCCCACGUCCUACAAGCCUGGCGAGACAGUGCCGCUAUAUGUCAACCACCUGACGCCUGCCGACUCCCAGAACGACCCUAAGCUACGCUCCGUAUUCUCUUUCGACUACUAUCAUCCGCCUUUUCACUUUUGCCCUCCAGAAGAGGGACCCCGGUAUAUUCGGGAAAGCCUAGGGAGCAUAUUGUUCGGAGACCGCAUACAGACGAGCCCGUUUCAGCUUAAGAUGAUCAAGAAUGAGACUUGUAAAGCCGUAUGUAGGGAGCAGACGUUCUCGAAUCGGGAUGCCGUGUUCGUGAACAACAGAAUAUACCAGGGCUACGACCUCAACUGGUUAGUCGACGGAUUGCCAGCAGCACAGCUUCUCAAAGACCCUGACUCGGACCAGCCCUUUUACAGCCCCGGGUUUGCGCUCGGUCGGGUCGACGGCAAUACAGCCGUGUUGAACAACCACUACAAUAUCGUAAUCGACUACCAUGAGGCUUCCAAGGACAACUACCGCGUUGUUGGUGUGCUCGUGGAACCAUAUUCUAUGAAAGACUCAAAAUUCGUCGAUGUUGGGCGGGCGGAAUGUGGCUCUGCGGAAAAUCCGGCCGUGUUAGCUGAAGAUGAAGACACGACCUUGACGUAUACCUAUAGCGUGUAUUGGAUAAAGUCUCCUACUCCAUUUGCGACCCGCUGGGACAAAUAUCUCCAUGUCUACGACCCAAAAAUUCACUGGUUCUCCCUGGUGAACUCCGCGGUUAUCGUAACCUUUCUGAUUGGCAUGGUCAGCACCAUCCUCGUGAAGACUCUCAGGAAAGACAUUGCGAGAUACAACCGCCUUGACCAGUUUGCGCUCGAAGACUUUGGCGCGAAUGGAUCCGCCGAGGAUGGUGUUGCGGAGGAUUCUGGAUGGAAACUUGUUCAUGGUGAUGUCUUUCGACCUCCAAAGAACCCCCUGUUCCUCUCCAUCAUGCUUGGCAAUGGUGCCCAGAUCUUCAUGAUGGCAGGCUUGACAAUUGCAUUCGCUCUUCUUGGAUUCCUGUCUCCAAGCAGCCGUGGCGCCCUCUCCACUGUUAUCAUCAUCUUCUACAUGAUCUUCGGCUUCAUCGGCGGGUACGUCUCUUCGCGGGUGUACAAGUUCUUCCACGGCGAGUCGUGGAAACUUUGCUUCUUCUACACACCAGUCGCUCUCCCCGGCCUUGUCUUUGCGUCCUUCUUCUUGCUCAACCUUUUCGUUUGGGGCAGAGGCGCUUCCGGGGCCGUCCCCUUCACGACUAUGCUAAUUCUUGUCAUCAUUUGGUUCAUCAUUAGCGUGCCCCUCAGCCUCGCGGGAUCCUGGGUCGGCUUCAAGCAGCCUGUUAUUGACACCCCAACCCGCACGAACCAGAUUCCGCGCCAAAUCCCUCCUGCUGGCGGCUAUCUUCGCCCGCUACCCUCCAUGGCUCUCGCUGGUGUACUCCCAUUCGGUGCCAUCUUUGUCGAGCUCUACUUCAUUAUGAACUCAAUCUGGUUCUCGAAAGUCUACUACAUGUUCGGUUUCCUCUUUAUCUGCUAUGGCCUCAUGAUCAUGACGAGUGCAGCGGUGACUGUGCUGAUGAUUUAUUUCCUGCUCUGUGCGGAGAACUAUCAUUGGCAGUGGAGGAGCUUCUGCACGGCAGGUGCCAGCGCGUUCUACGUCUUUGCAAGCGCCCUACUGUACUGGGUGAAAGAUGUCAGCUUUGGCAGCUGGACGUCGGGAGUGCUGUAUCUUGGUUACAGCUUGCUUUUGAGUUUGUUGUUCUUUGUAUUGACUGGCACGAUUGGCUUCUUUGCAAGCUGGAUGUUCGUCAUCAAAAUCUACAGGUCCAUCAAAGUGGAUUAGAAAAAAGGUGAAAUAUCCCGUCGUUAUCAUUACCCCUGCGGGAGUAAAUGGGUUUUUUUUUCACUUUUAGAGCGCAAAGUGAAGACUCGUUUUGGCCAUGCAUGUAUACUCAAAACUAUAUCUUAGGGAGUUUGUAUAUGAUAGAUUGCGCUUUCCCAGCUGCACUUUAUCGGAUGGCGUUGGUUUGAUUGUCCAGACGAGGGUGAAUGGAAUAGGACUUCGGAAUCAUAUUCUUAACGCAUGGCGGGAUAUUGGGUGUUAGUUUUGGAAUCAGG